CUGAUCAUCGAUGGCUGCUCUCCUGCGUUCUUUGCUGGCUGUCGACCUUUGGGCCUCCAAGCAGCUGGGGGUGUGCGCUAAAGAGGAUUCGGCUUGGGGUUGCGCCCGCCCACUCAUGAAGAUCAUAGAAUUCUCGGGGCACGGUGUCCCAUGGCUAUUCGCCACCUUGUGUGGCCUCUACAUAAAUAACAGUCCAGUGGGCAGAGAGCUGCUGAUCAACAUACUCUUUGCUCUGGUGCUCGACCUUGUAUUGGUGGGAGUGCUGAAAGCGCUCGUGAAAAGAAAGCGCCCCACCUACAACAAGAUGGACAUGUUUGCCACCGUCUCCGUCGACCAAUAUUCCUUCCCCUCAGGCCACGCUAGCCGAACAGCCAUGAUCUCCCGGUUCGUUCUCAGUCAUUUUACACUGACAGCCCCUCUGCGGGUCCUGGUGGUACUUUGGGCCUUUGUCGUGGGGCUUUCCCGAGUCAUGUUGGGCCGACACAACCUGACCGAUGUGAUCUUUGGGCUUGUCAUGGGCUACGUGCAGUACAGCGUGGUGGAGUACUUCUGGCUGUCCCCCGUCACCGCUCCGGCCCUCUUUCCGGCCUGGAGAGAGUCCAAGUGCUUGUCGCGCAACCUGUAAAAAUUCAUCGAGCUUCACCGAUCGGCAGGCUUU